GGCAAGAGCAAAUGUAAAUCGAUUGUGCAAUGGAUCUCAUUCAAAAAUUCAUAGAGCACGUUGAAGCUACCAUCCAAGCCCUCUAUCCAGCCCGAGUGCACGUCGAAACAGCAAUAUCCCUCUUCUUCGGUAUCUCCCUCGUAGCAACUACCAUCCAAACCUAUGCUCUAUUCCUCCAACGAAACGAACAUCGCCAAGCUGCCAUAUGCGACGCCGAUCACCUCUCCGCGAUCCAAUCCGUCAUAAUGCAAUACAUCGGGCUCUAUCUAGCCCUGGUGGCAGCGAGGCAACGUGGGCUGCCAUUCAUGCUGAGCCAGCCGGCUCUGGUCUGGCUCGGAGUUGCCCUGUUAUUCCCUUUCGUUGGUCUUGUUGUAUACCCGAGUCAUGAUUUUCUGACUCCGUUUUUCCUUUUCUUUGGUGGUCUUGGAGGUAAUCUUGUGUCGGUUCUUUUACUGCAAAUGAAACCGGCGAUGAUGUUGGUGUAGUGUUUAUAUUCGAUGGUUUGGUACAAUGUCACGUGGUGAUGUCCUGGACAGUUUCCUAAGCAGGAACCUUUACGAUACAUGUACAUGUCCUUGAUUGGGCUAAUUGUGUUUCUCUUUUCAACCUCAGAUCCAUUUCUGGAAUGUUGACAACAGUGUCAAAAGUAUCCAACGCAGAAUACUAU